AUGCGUGCCUAUGCGCAGGUGGCAGAUAGCAAGGGAAAGAAGCAGCCGAGCCCCUAUGCACACACCCUGAAACUACCCAAGACAGCAUUUCCGCUGCGAGCUGAUGCUGUCAACAGAGAGAAGCAGUUCCGGGAGCGGUGUACAGAUCAGCUGUAUCCAUGGCAGCUCAAGAACAACCCAGGUGCACAGUUUGUGCUCCAUGACGGUCCGCCAUACGCCAACGGCGAUCUGCACAUUGGCCACUUUAUGAACAAGGUGCUGAAGGACAUCGUGAACCGGUACCAGGUGAUGCAGGGCAGACGGGUUCUGUAUUUCCCGGGGUGGGACCUGCACGGGCUGCCGAUUGAGCACAAGGCGCUCGAGGCACUGAAGGGGCGGGAUCGCGACUCGCUCGAUCCGAUGGAGAUCCGGACCCUGGCACGCAAAUUUGGGCUCAAGGCGGUUGACAAGCAGAAGAAGGGGUUCCGGGAGUGGGGCAUCAUGGGGGACUGGGAGGAUCCGUAUCUGACGCUGCACCCCGAGUACGAGGCAAACCAGCUCGAGAUCUUCAAAUCUAUGCUCGCCAAGGGCUACAUUUACCGGCAGAACAAGCCAGUGUAUUGGUCGCCGUCGUCGCGAACGGCGCUGGCUGAGGCCGAGCUGGAGUACAAGGACGACCAUGUCAGCACCAGCGCGUAUGUGAAGUUCCCGCUCAACCAGGAGUCAGCGCAGAGGCUAGGCGUCUCGGGUGGCGUGAGCGCUCUGAUCUGGACAACGACGCCAUGGACUCUGCCCGCCAACAGCGCGAUCUAUGUGCAUCCCGAGCUCGACUAUGCUCUGGUUCGCGUUUCAGGUGGGGGCGAGCCGGCAUCGACUAUGCUUGUUGGCAAGGAUCGCCUGGAGAAGAUCGCUAGCCUCCUGCCGCCCGAGUCGAAUGUCGAGGUCGUGCGCGAGUUCAAGGGUGCUGAUCUUGAUGGCCUGGUGUAUAAUAGCGUGCUGCGUGGCAAGGAGUGCAAGAUCAUGCUUGCAGACUACGUAUCGGCUGAUUCGGGGACUGGGCUGGUCCACUCGGCCCCAGGCCACGGAAAGGAGGACUACGAGGCUGGCCUUGCAAAUGGGCUGGAGGUGUACUCGCCGGUUGACGACCAUGGGCGGUUCACCAGCGAUGCUGGAUCGGGGCUGGAGGGCCUUGAGGUGCUCGGCGACGGGGCCAGCAAGGUCAUCGAAAUGCUGGGUGAGCAGAAUGUGCUGCUGCAUAGCGAUAAGUUUGUGCACAGCUACCCGUACGACUGGCGCACCAAGCAGCCGAUCAUCCAGCGUGCCACGCCGCAGUGGUUUGCCAACAUCAAGAACCUGAAGCAAGCGGCGUGGGACUCGGUCAAGGAUGUGCAGAUUGUGCCCGAGGCUGGACGGCGACGUCUCGAGGCGUUUGUUACUGGGCGGUCCGAGUGGUGCAUCUCGCGCCAGCGUGUGUGGGGCGUGCCGAUCCCAGCGCUGUACAAUGCGCGAACAGGCGAGCCCUUGAUGACAGUAGAGUCGAUUGACCAUAUCAUCAGCGUGUUCCGGGCCAACGGCGGCUCGAACUCAUGGUGGACAUUGCCGGUGGAGGAGUUCCUGCUCCCCGAGUACCGCAGCAGCGGUGAGACGUAUGUGCGUGGCAGCGAUACGAUGGACGUCUGGUUUGACAGUGGCAGCUCAUGGAAGCUGCUGGAGAAGCGGGCCGAGCCGCGCGAGGGGCCAUACGCCGACGUGUACUUGGAGGGCAGUGACCAGCAUCGCGGGUGGUUCCAGUCGUCGCUGCUGACAUCGACUGCAGUGCGUGGCGUGUCGCCAUAUAAGACGCUGGUCACCCACGGGUUUACGCUCGAUGAGCAGGGGCGCAAGAUGUCAAAGUCGAUUGGCAACACGCUUGCGCCGAGCUUUGUGAUCAGCGGCGGCAAGGACAAGAAGAAGGACCCGGCGUAUGGCGUAGAUUUGCUGCGGCUGCUGAUCGGGUCUACUGACUACACGCAGGAUGUCAGCUUUGGACCGACCGUCUUCUCGAGCUUCAGCGACACGAUCCGCAAGAUCCGCAACACGACGCGGUUCAUGCUCGGAAACCUGGACGGAUUCACGAAGGACAUGGAGGUCCCGUAUGAGCAGCUGCAGCCGAUCGACCGGUACGUCUUGCACGAGCUGCACCACUUCAAGCAGCGGGCUAGGAAGGCGUUUGACAAGCAUGAGUUUUUCCGGGCGAUGCAGGCGCUGAACAACUUCACCAACUCCACGCUGUCGGCCUUUUACUUUGAUGUGUGCAAGGAUCGUCUGUACGCGGACGCAGUAGCCGACCUGUCGCGGCGGUCGGUGCAGACUGUUCUGUACAAAAUCCUUGUCAACUACACCACAACCCUAGCCCCAGUCACGUGCCAUCUGGCCGAGGAGAUCUGGGAGUUCUCGGAGCCCGUGCGGGGCAGCAAUGGUGGCGAGUUCAGCGUGUUCCAGCAAAAGUGGGACCAGACGGAUGCGGCAUGGGACGAUGCGGUGCUGGCCGAGGAGUGGGCUGGGCUGAAGAAGGUGCGCAGCCUGGCAAACCGGGCGAUUGAGGCUGCCCGCCAAGACAAGGUGAUUGGCAGCUCGCUGGAGGCAGAGCUCGACAUAUACGUUGCGCUGGAUUCGAGGCUUGGGAGGCUGCUGGCCCAGUACGCAGACAGCCUGCGGCAGACAAGCAUUACGUCGCAGGUGCGCGUCCACGAUGCAUCGCAGCUACCGGCUGGUCCCGCAGAGUUUGUGGAGACCGACGAGAUUGCAUUUGGCGGCGAGGCCACCAAGGUAACGGCGGUGUGCCAGCGCUCGUCCUUACACAAGUGCCCGCGCUGCUGGAAUCUCCACUCUACCGAGCCCGAGGCCCUAUGCCGGCGCUGCGACGAGGUGGUCGGCAAGCUCUGA